AUGGGCACGGAGGACCACAAGGACAUUAUUGAUGUGCUGGAGGCAGUGCAUGAGAUUGGCCAUGUACGACCUUUCGAACCUGAGGCCUCGAAUGAGGAGGCAGCUACUCCUGCGGCAGCACCUACUCAGAGGCCAAGCACUACUGAGAGCCCAAGCACGAGCACAGCUCCUGCCGAACGUUGCUCUCGUCCGCCUGUUGCUACCCCUCAGGUUGUCCCUACCCUCGAUCCCUCUCCAUCCAUCCCACAUCCAUCCCUUAGCCCCACCAUCCCUUCACCCACCCCACAUCCAUCCCUUAGCCCCACCAUCCCUUUAUCCACUCCACAUGAGUCCCCUAGCCCUACCAUCCCUUCACCCACCCCACAUCCCUAUCCUGGGUCUGACAUUCGUCCAUCCACCGCACGAUCAUUUCCUGAGCUGUCACCUAUUCCAUCCUUUGACCUGGGUAUUGAUCAAACCCCUCCUGACUUGCAACAGGACCCACCCUCCCACAGUUGA